CCAGCGCGCCUGCGCGGCCCCGCCCCCUGAGGGAGGCGAGAAGAUGGCGGAAGCGGAGUGAGCGGCUCGUCCGAGGCUGGACGAACACUGCUCAGCUAUGGAGAAUGAGCCAAGCACAACAACAUGUUCUGCAUCCACAACCACCAUUACUACCACCUCCACGUCCCGGACACAGCUUCCACAGAUAUCUGUCUACAGUGGCUCUGACAGGCAUGCUGUCCAGGUUAUUCAGCAGGCCUUGCAUCGUCCUCCUAGCUCAGCUGCUCAGUACCUCCAGCAGAUGUAUGCAGCCCAGCAGCAGCAUCUAAUGCUGCAGACUGCUGCUUUGCAGCAGCAGCACUUAAGCAGUACCCAAUUUCAGAGUCUGGCAACUGUACCACAGGCAAGCCUGUCAGGUGGGAGGCAAUGUACUUCCCCCACUGGGAGUGUCACUCAGCAGUCAAGCAUGUCGCAGACCUCGAUUAACCUCUCCACCUCUCCUACACCUGCACAGAUAAUAAGCCGUUCACAGACCUCCAACACCACCAGCAGCAGUAUUACCCAGCAGACUAUGUUGCUAGGGAGUACCUCUCCAACCCUGAGUGCAAGCCAGGCUCAGAUGUAUCUCCGAGCACAAAUGCUAAUUUUUACCCCUGCUACCACUGUGGCUGCUGUUCAGUCUGACAUUCCUGUUGUCUCAUCAUCUUCCUCAUCUUCCUGUCAGUCUGCAGCUACUCAGGUUCAGAACUUGACGUUGCGCAGUCAGAAGUUGGGUGUAUUGUCAAGUUCACAGAAUGGUCCACCAAAAAGCAGCAGUCAAACUCAGUCGUUGUCUUUGUGUGCUAAUAAACCUGUAACCAGCACCAAGGGCAUCCAACCAGAAUCCUCAGAAAGCAAUAGAAAGGGUGAUAGCCCAGUGCCAGAGUGUCGGAGUACACCAGUCACACGGACAUCGAGCAUACAUCAGUUAAUAACACCAGCUUCAUAUUCUCCAUUACAACCCCAUUCUCUAGUAAAACAUCAGCAGAUCCCACUUCAUUCACCACCUUCCAAAAUUUCCCAUCAUCAGCUGAUACUGCAGCAGCAGCAGCAAGUCCAGCCGAUCGCACUUCAGGCUCCUUCUGGCCAGGAGCCUCCUCCAUCACAGCACUGUCUACCACUCCCAAGCCAUAGUCUUCCUCCAGCUCCUAGCAGUGUGCAGUCUCAUUGCUCACCUAUUCACAUCCAUCCUCCACCUCUAACACUAUCUCCCACUCCAUCCCAGUCAGCUCAGCAGUCAGUAGUGGUAUCCCCUCCACCUUCUCACUCCCCUAGUCAGUCACCCACAAUAAUUAUUCAUCCUCAAGCACUUAUCCAGUCACAGACAAACUCCCUUGUGCCAGCAGCUCUUCAGGCAGAGCAGUCUGCCCCUCAGCAAACUACUACCAGUCCAGUGCGACCAAUUGCACAGCCCCUUAAUCUUCCGUCACACCUCCCACUUCCACCUUCCCCUGCUGUACACAUAGGAUCAGUGGAUCAGCCCAGCUUAGUUUCCCCAGGCCAGCAGAUAGUAUCCUCCACACCACACCAGCAAUAUUCAGCCUUGCAGUCCACACCUAUCCCUCUUGCAGCUCCUCCACAGCUGUCAACAUCUUCAACCCAGAUACAACAACUGCCAUUGCAAUCUGUACAGUCUUUACAAGUCCAGCCUGAAAUUCUAUCUCAGGGCCAAGUUUUGGUUCAAAACACUUUGGUUUCUGAGGAAGAACUUCCUGCUGCAGAAGCUUUGGUCCAGCUGCCAUUUCAGACUCUUCCACCACCGCAGACUGUUGCAGUAAAUCUUCAAGUUCAGCCAUCGGUACCAAUUGAAACUCCAGUGAUUUACCAAGUGGAGAAUGUAUGUGAAGAAGAGAUGCCUGAAGAGUCUGAUUGUGUCAAUAUGGUUAGAACACCUACGCCACCGACCUUGUCUCCACCAGCAAUAACCUUGGGGAAUGGAGAUGCACUUAAUUCAGAAGAGCCUUUGUCGGACCACGCGGGACUACCUUCAGUGACAUCAUCAGUCAGUGCCUCAGUAAUUAAAUCUCCAUCCGAUCCUUCGCAUGCCUCUAUUCCACCACCACCUCUUUUGCUUCCAGCCGCAACAACAAGAAGUAGCAGCACAUCAAUGCCCAAUAGCAUUCCUAGUCUAGAAAAUAAACCUCCACAGGCUAUUGUUAAACCACAGAUCCUGACUCAUGUUAUUGAAGGCUUUGUGAUUCAGGAGGGGUUGGAACCAUUUCCUGUAAGUCGUUCAUCUUUGCUGGUAGAACAGCCUGCAGAAAAAAGAUUGCUAGUGGAGGGUCAAAUCAUGAGUGUUAUGUGUGUUGAAUCAGACUUGCAGAAUACAAAACAUGCAGACAACUCAUCGGACACAGAGAUAGAGGAUAUGAUUGCAGAAGAGGGCCUGGAUGAAAUUGAAAAUGAACUCCUGAAGUGUGAAUUUUGUGGAAAAAUGGGAUAUCCUGACAAGUUUCUACGAUCAAAACGAUUCUGUUCUACAUCCUGUGCUAAAAGGCACAGCCUUAGUUGCACUAAGAAAUUUGGGCUGUUUGCAUCAGACAAGACCAAUCGUUGGAAUCGGAAAUCAGAUAGCCAAAGUCUUGGGCGACGCGGGCGUCGACCGAGUGGCCCUGAUGGGGCACCACGAGAUCAUUUUCUUAGACAGCUUCCAAUUACUUAUCCGUCUGCAGAAGAAGAUAUGGCUUCUCAUGAAGAUGCUGUUCCAACUGCAAUGACCACCCGUCUGAGAAGACAGAGUGAGAGAGAGAGAGAACGUGAACUAAGGGAGCUAAGAAUUAGGAAAAUGCCAGAGAGCAUUAACUUGUUACCAGUGGUGCAGUCAGACCCUUCGGUAUGGACUGUUGAUGAAGUUUGGGCCUUUAUACAUUCUUUGCCUGGUUGUCAAGAUAUUGCGGAUGAAUUUAGAGCACAAGAAAUUGAUGGACAAGCUCUCCUCUUGUUGAAGGAAGAUCACCUUAUGAGUGCAAUGAAUAUUAAGCUUGGACCUGCAUUAAAAAUCUGUGCACGUAUCAAUUCAUUGAAAGAAUCGUAGGGGGUGAACGUGGAGGUUUAAGCAACGGCUACUCUGUGACUAAACGAGCAGAAAUAUGCCAAUGACUUCAGCAUGGCAUGAGUGUUACUGUGAUGUUUUGUUGAACAUCUGGGGUUUUCCCCCCACAGACUUGAAAAAAAAAAAAAGAAAA